GAAGGAGGUCUAUGCCAUAGCAGCACACCGGCAAGGGGCCCUGGUAGCAGAAGACUGUGACUUGCUAGACCAGCAUUGAAGCAAUAAUAUUGCGACUUGCAGCAAUGCCAUUGGCAGAAGAAAACUGUCUCUCUAGUGAUCCUCCACUAACUUUGCCUGUGGUUGUUAUUGGAAAUGGCCCUUCUGGAAUCUGCCUGUCGUACCUGUUAUCUGGAUACAGGCCAUAUCUGUCUCCAGAUGGACUGCACCCCAAUCCAAUCCUGCACAGCAAGCUAGAGGAAGCAAGGCACCUCUCCAUCCCUGAACAGGAUUUGGAAUACUUGUCAGAAGGGCUGGAAGGCCGUUCCUCUAAUCCAGUAGCAGUGCUGUUUGACACACUCCUUCAUCCGAAUGCUGAUUUUGGGUAUGAUUACCCAUCUGUUCUACAGUGGAAACUGGAACAAGAGCACUAUAUUCCUCAUAUAGUACUCGGCAAGGGGCCCCCAGGUGGGGCAUGGCAUGAUAUGGAAGGGUCCAUUUUGACUCUUAGUCUUGGUGACUGGAUGGAAUUACCUGGACUUAAGUUUAAAGACUGGGUCUCUGGUAAGAGGAGAAAUACCAAAAGUGACCGUGCUACCCCAGCAGAAGUGGCUGCAUAUUACAAACAUUAUGCUAAAAUAAUGGGCAUUCAAAGAAACUUUGUAGACAACACCUACAUCACAUCUGUAGCAAGACCCUAUCGGGAGCAGGAGCAGUCUGACAGUCAUGAGUCUGAAGAUGUUGCACCAGAAGAGUCUUGCAUUGACAAAGAAGAUGGAGAGCCCAUGUUAAAGAAGAACUGGGAAGUUCAUGGCUAUCGCAGGGCAGCUGAUGGCUCUCACCAGCCCUUUUGUCUUUUUGCAGAAACUCUCAUUCUUGCCACAGGAACAUUUGAUGCACCUGCUCGACUAGAAGUUCUUGGAGAGGACCUCCCAUUUGUUUCACAUUCCAUUGCAAAGUUUGAAGAUGCUGUUGGCAAGGGGAGGCUGAGUGGAGCAGUAGACCCGGUUUUGAUUGUUGGGGCCGGGCUGACGGCAGCAGAUGCCGUCUUGUGUGCUCACAACAAUAACAUUCCAGUCAUCCAUGUUUUCCGUAGAAGAAUCAAUGAUCCAAGUCUUAUUUUUAAACAAUUGCCAAAAAAAUUAUAUCCAGAAUACCACAAGGUUUAUCACAUGAUGUGUACACAACUCGGUACUGUUGCUUCCAGCUUGUAUCCCCCUUAUACAAGUUUCCCAGAGCACGUUGUACUUUCUUUUAAGCCUGAUAUGAAGGUCGUCCUUCAAAGUAACAGUGGACUUAAAAAAGUCAUAAAGAUAUCGACGGCUUUAGUCUUGAUAGGUUCACAUCCAAAUCUGUUUUUCUUGAAGGAGCAAGGUCGAAGUUUGGGCCAUCUUCCCAACCAACCUAUCACCUGCAAGGGUAAUCCUGUAGAGAUUGAUCCAUAUACUUAUGAGUCCUCCAAAGAACCGAAUCUUUUUGCCCUUGGUCCACUUGUUGGUGACAACUUUAUCAGGUUCCUUAAAGGUGGAGCACUUGCCAUAACACGAUGCCUGGAACUGAGACAGAAGAAGAAAAGACAUCGACUUGGGGAAAGUAGAAGUGAUGAUGGUGUGUCAUAAACCUACCAUUUCACUUAUGCCUACCUUGGCAUCUGCUUCUCUGGAAACCUUUUCUAACAAUCUUUCAUGAUCUGCAAAGGUGCAGAUUCCAUCAGUAUGUGUUUUUGCACAGUGCAAUGUAUUUCAUAACCUAUGGCAAGACUAAAAAAGAAAAACCGUUUGCUGCUUUUGUAGAAGAUCCCAGAAGACUACCCACACUUCUUGGACAUCAAAGAAUUAUAUGUUUCCUUGUGCAAUUUGUCACGUUUAUAUUCUGUUUUAUGCAUUUUCAGGUGCCGUUGACGGUGUGCUCUUCCUUUUUUUUUUUGUUUUGUUAUAUAUUCGUUUAUUUUGGAGCUAUUGAGUAAACAGUAAAAUGAAGGUAGAUGCAUCUGUUC